ACUAUCGAAGCUGCUGUGUGUCCUCAUUAUCCCUGGCAUUCUUAGAAUUUUCCUCAGUAAAUGGCCCACUUUGUCUAAAUGAGUUAAAAAAAGUGAGCAGUAAGAAGACUGCCUUGGGAGUUUUCUGUGGCUCUCGGAACCGUUGAAGUGAAUAGAAAGUGAAGUUUAGUUUGGUUUUAACUUUCAACAGCUUCGGUCGCGUUGUGUUUCUUACUAAGUGGUUUCUCUUCUAGAUGACACAUGAGCUGCUCCAGAAACAUCUCGUGAAACAAUGAAGAUCGGCUCAAGAGAGGGAGAAGGAGAUAGCAUAAACGGGGACUGCUCUUGCUGCUGUAAUUAUCCUAGUUGCCAUGAAUGUUGCGACAGCCUGUCCAAGCAGCCCCUCAAGGAGCAGGCUGGGAUGGACAGAUCUUGUUCCAGCUGGAGUAGAUGUAAAAGGUCCACUAUUACCAGUUUCUAUAAAGGAGCGCUCCUGCUAACUUGCUUCGGGGCCGCGCUCCUGGUUUCUUCAUGCGCCAUAUUUACUCUGAGGCCUGUUGACUUUAUCAUCUCAUCUCGAAUGAGUUUCACGGAAGGAUCUACCCUAUAUAACUUGUGGCUGAGGCCUCCAGUCAAUGUGUACAUCAAGGUGUACGUAUUCAACGUCACAAACCCCCAGGAGUUCCUGAGCGGAAGGGAGAAGCUGCGAGUACAAGAAAUUGGACCUUACUUUUACAGGGAAAUACUAGAGAACACAAACGUGACCUUCAACGCUAACAACACAGUGACCUACGUGCCGAAACGCAUGGUGCAUGCCGAGCCUAAAAUGUCCCUCAGGAACGCGCAUGCAGACAGGAUCAUUGUCCCCAACGUCGCGCUGUUGGGCAUGGCGUCAAUGCUGCAUAACUCGUCCGUGUUCCUCAACUUCGGGCUAGCAGCUCUGGCGCGCUAUCUGGACUCACAGCCGCUUCUGAACCUCACGGUGCACGAGUAUCUGUGGGGAUAUGAAGACCCGCUGGUUCGCCUCGCAAGUACUGUGCUGCCUAACUGGAUCCCCUUCUCGAGGCUCGGGCUUAUGGAUAGGAUGUUCGACGAGGGCGAGAACGUGGUAACCGUUGCUUUGAAUAGCGCCCAGGCCGAUGAGACCGAAGUGAUGGAGAGGCGGCGGAGGGUCUACUCCUUUGACAGCUACAACGGGUGGACAACCUUGCGGCAGUGGACAGGGGGGACACACUGCAGCUCACUCAAAGGCGUCAGCGAGGGAGUACUGUACCCUAAACCCAUGACUUCAAACGAUACCUUCUUGAUCUACCGCAAGGCAUUCUGCCGGUUUCUACCCGUGGUUUUCUCCCGGAGCGGUGUCACGAAUGAGGGUUUCCCAGCCUACUGGUUCAAUCUGCCUGACAACGUGUUCGACUCUCCGGACAAGAACCCGGACAACGCGUGCUACUGUCGCCCUGAAGUGGCGCCUUGCCUGCUGUCUGGCCUGGCAGACAUAACUCCCUGCUACUACAGUAUUCCUGUAGCUCUGUCAUUCCCACAUUUCUUGAAGGGGGACCCCAGACUACUGGAAAAGAUGGACGGUUUAUCCCCGGACCCCAACAAGCACGAGACCAAUAUCGUCAUUCAGCCGGAUCUGGGCCUGCCCAUGACCGUCCGGUUGCGAAUGCAGCUGAAUCUCGCCGUGCUCAACACGCGCCUCAACUCCCGGGUGGCAGUCUUCAACAACCACACACUUCCCAUCUUCUGGCUAGACUGGUAUUUCGACAUGCCCGACGUGGUUUCCCGCCUUAUGUAUCUGGUGCUCUUCGUGGCCCCUGCUCUCCAGUCCGCUGCCAUAGUGCUACUGGCGCUGCUGGGAGUCGCCAUGUUGGGACUGGCCGCGUGUAGCUGCAGCAAGAAGAACAGUGCUGUGGCCAGCAAGAUACUGAGCAAAAGCCAACACUUGCUGGAGAAGAAUACGGGGGAGCAGCUACUGGGCCGGACACAAUACAGGGCGCGAGUGGGAUGCAGGUGAGGCUCAAUGGGACUUACUACAGGACCGGAAGCGGUUGUGAAAGAUUUGGAGUCGUAGUACAGGAAACCGAAAUAUUCGAAAUUUUCUGCAAAAUAAUCCACAAUGAAAGAAAGGCGAAGAUUCAAACAUCUGAAGACAGAGAAUAUAGGAGAGUGAUUUAUUUAAAUUGCAGGAACAAUAUAUAGGGAUAAGUUGUAAAACGAUAAAUUCAGCUGGAAGUGGAGAUUCAUUUGGCGAAAUUGUUUCGCUCUUAAGUGCAUAUUAUGUAUGCAAAUAAACAGUAACUUAAGUGGGAAGAGAAUGAACAUUGAAGUAGGUAGCAUGAUCUGCAGAACUGUGAGAAAGCUACAGGAACCAUUGUUAUGUCAUCGGAAUCAACCGUGGGAACAAUGCAAGUUCUGCAGUAAAGUGAGGACUAUUUCCAAAGUACGCACUAUUGAGGGCGCUAUACAUUUUGUGUACGGACAAUAGAUGUAACAUAGAAAUAUAAUUCGAGGAACACAAAAUACUGUGUCAAAGUGCGGUUUACGUUUGCGAUCUGUAAGCUUGUGAUAUACGUGUAAUUUGCAGACAAGUAAAGAAAUCACAGAGACCACGGUGAGUCCUCGGAAUAUUUUGUUUGAAUAUUAUAAAUUUUCUAGAACAUAUGUCGGUAUAUGCUUUAUACGAUAUAUGGAAAAUGUAAGGGAAAUAGAUACACUGUAAGAAUAUUAUGUGCCUUGCAUGAAAAUUUAUUUUUUUUCAAGAAAAUGGAUUCAUUAUUACACGUCAUAAGUGACUUACUGUAAGUAAACAUGUUUAUGUAAAGACUACAGUGCUCACUGCACGCGUGCACAAUGAAAAUCGAUUCUCGUCUUA